AUGCAGCCGGACCACUCGGAGGUGCCGCUGUCGAGGGGCCUCGGGAUCGACCGCAUCGCCUCGGGCAUCUUCACCGCUGGCGUCGACAAGACCGGCUGUGGAGCCAACAUGGAACGCGUGGUGGUGGCCGCGCUGGACGAGGUGGUGGCCGCGCUGGACGCGCAGUACAAGACGAUGGUCGACGAGCAGCCCGGCAACGCGCUGUUCCUGCGCAACUACGCGCAGUCCCUCCACGAGGCAUAUUCAUUCGGUUGCCAAGAAAGAUGUCAUGUGAAGGGCGACACCAGUAGGGCCGAGGAGUACUACUCGCGCGCCAUGCUGGCGGAUCCCAGCGACGGCGAGAUCAUGUCGCAGUACGCCAAGCUGGUCUGGGAGGUGCCCCACGACCCGGAGAGAUGCCUCGGCUACUUCCAAAAGUCGGUGCAGGCUGCCCCACACGAUAGGUAG